CACCGCGUAAACAACCUGGCGGGCCGCUCCAAGUUAGUUCAACCCUAUGGUGCCCGUGCUUGUGAGCUUCGCAUUUGUAGGGGAACAUGGAGGGAAGCGACGUUCUCGCACACUACUCCCGGAACAGUUUCUUUUCUCCCAUUCCAUCCUCCGCACCCCCGCUUGAAUUGGGGAUGGAGACCUCGCCCCGAAACCUCGAAAUAAGCGCGCUCCUGCACCAGACGGUUUCCUCCCUCCCCAUCCUCCGCCCUUCGCAUCGGAUCGCGGACCGACGACGUUGCCUCUCUUUCGGUCUCCCUUUCUCCGCAUGCGCGCAGUUAGGUUUGGAAAGCUGGAAUUUUGAGCCUCGGUUUGGAUUUCUGUGAAGGAUUGCUUCUUUGGAACGUGAUGAGGUUACUGUGAGGGAAAUCGAUUGGAAAGAGCCCCAGUACCUUCAGUAGUAGAGAUGGCAUCACCUGUCAAGUUCUUGUUUGCUCUUCUGAUUCUUUGCGCCGUGGGAUGGGCCAUAGCCUUAUUUGCUGCCAGGUUGUUAGCUUGGUUUCUGAGCCGGAUAAUGGGUGCAUCUGUUGGUUUUCAGGUUGCUGGAUGCCAUUGUUUAAGGGAUAUUACUGUGACACUCAGAAAGGGUGCUGUUGAAUAUCUAUCCAUUGGUGAAAUUAAAAUUGUAGUUAUCUUUGUCUCUUGGAGUCCAAAGUUGCAAUUCUUAAUAAGUGAUGUGGAAAUUGUUUUAAGGCCUACUGCAAAAAGCAUUAAGAAGAGUAAACCUAAAAGAUCACGUUCGGCAGGAAGAGGAAGGUGGAUGAUCUUGACUAACAUGACAAGAUUUUUAUCGGUUUCUGUGAGGGAACUAAUUUUGAAGGCACCAAAAGCUGCCACUGUAGUCAAGGAUCUGAAAGUGGGCGUAUCUAAAAAUGAGGCAUCAAAUUCUGUCCUUGAUGUUAAGCUGCACCUUAUAUCUUUUCUUGUGCAAACAUGUGAUUCACAGCUUAGUUUUGACCAGUCAUCCAGUUUUUACCAAGGCAGCUGUUUGGUCCCUGGGCAGACAUGUUCAUCUUUGCUGGACAUGAAGUGUGCUCCUUUUGUGUGUGAGGAUUUCUUAAUCACUUGUGGAUUUGGUCAUCACAGAUCACAGCUAAAUUCUAAUCUGAUAGCAACCUAUGCUAGUAGUGCAAUCAGUGGAGAUGAUUUCUACCUUGUUCCUGACAGUCCUAUUGAUUUAUUUAUUCUCUGGAAGGUUAGCUUCAAUAUGCCAAAGCUAGACGUGAAGUUUCUGCACCAUGGCCAAGAUUUUUCUGUCAACAACAGUGUUAUGGGAAUCCAUCUAAGAAGUACUAAAUCCCAAAGAUAUGAGGAUUCUGGAGAAGCGACAAACCAUAUUUAUCUUCAAAUGGAUUUCAGCGAAAUUCAUGUCCUCAGAGAAGGUUCUAUGUCCAUGUUGGAGAUCCUAAAAGUUGCAGUUAUAGCUUCUAUUGACAUUCCAAUGCAACCACCUUUACCAAUCGGGACUGAGAUUCAUGUCAAGCUUGGAGGAUCUCAAUGCAACAUUAUUGCUAGCAGAUUAAAGCCCUUGAUUUCUCUUCGCUUGGCUAAAAAGAAGCAGAUGGUUCUUCGUGAGGAGACUUCUCAACAAGAAAAGUUGCCGACAGACAACACAAAGGCUAUCAUGUGGACAUGUACAGUCUCUGCCCCAGAGAUCACUAUCAUGCUUUACAGUCUUGAUGAAUCGCCACUAUACCAGGCAUGCUUACAGGCUUGUCAUCUAAUUUCCAGUAAUAUAGAAAGCAAGGGAAUUCAAUUACAUGCGGAACUUGGUAAAUUACAUUUGAACUUGGUAGAUAAGUGUCAAGAAUCCUUGAAGGAAAGCUUAUUUGGUGUUGAAGUUAAUUCAGGCUCCUUUGUUGACAUUGCACACUUGAGUCUUGAUUGGGGACAAAAUGAAAUGGAGAAAUAUGAUGAACAUGACCCCAAUCGGUGGAAACCAGUAUUUUCCAUUAACAUAACUGACAUGGGAAUAUACUUUUGCUUUCAGCAUGUUGAGUUUCUUAUUGUGACCUUGAUGUCCUUUAAGACAUUAUUAAAAAGUUUAUCUUCUGGUAAAAGAGCUCCACAGAACAAAGUUGGGCACAUAUCUAGCAAAAAAACUGCAAAAGGGACACAAAUUUUAAAACUGAGUCUUGAAAAGUUUUCUAUAAUUUAUUGUGGGAAUGUGGGUUUGGAAGAUAUGGCUGUUGCGGAUCCCAAGCGUGUAAAUUUUGGUUCACAAGGUGGUGAAGUACUAAUCAGUGUCUCUGCAGAUGGCACGCCGCGGACAGCAAGCAUAAUGUCCACUGGUCCUAGUGGUUAUAAGCACCUGAAAUUCUCCACAUCUCUUGAUAUUAUUCGUCUUAGACUAUGCUGGAACAAGGAAAAGCAUUCUAUGCAGGCCGAACUGGAGCGAACUAUAUCAGUCUACCAGGAAUAUCCAGAAGAAAAUAUACCCGGAACAAAAGUGACUCUCCUUGAUAUGCAUAAGGCAAAGUUUGUACGCCGAUCUGGUGGCGUUAACGAUGUUGCUGUGUGUUCGCUCUUCAAUAUCACUGAUAUAUCAGUCAGAUGGGAGCCUGAUCCACAUUUGGCACUAUUUGAAUUAGUUACAUCUUUGAGGUCACUGCUAUAUAAUAACAGGCUUGGCAGUUCUGAUAAUGAUAAGAAGGAAGAAUCCAUUGAUAUGAAUAAGGUACCAGGAAAAGAAGUAAUCAUGGAUCAAGUACAAACUGAAAAGCAACACAAGAAAAAAGAAUCAGUUUUUGCCAUUGAUUUGGAAAUGUUAAAAGUAUCAGCUGAACUUGCAGAUGGUGUCGAAGCAAUGAUUCAUGUGCAGUCUAUCUUCUCUGAGAAUGCGAGAAUACGUGUGCUACUUGAAGGAAUCAUGCUUAGUUUUAAUGAAGCCAGAGUUUUUAAAAGUAGUCGCAUGCAAAUUUCCCGUAUUCCAAUAUCUAAGAGCAAUCUGCCUGAUUCCAAGAUACAGUCUGCAGGCUCAUGCGACUGGGCAAUUCAGAGCCCUGAUGUUCAUAUUUGCAUGCCUUACAGAUUGCAGUUACGUGCCAUUGAUGAUGCUGUUGAGGAUACAUUGCGAGCCUUGAAGCUCAUUGCUGCUGCUAAAACAAAUUUGAUAUUUCCUGUAAAGAAGCCUAGCACAAGAAAAUCUAAAACUAAGUCAACAAAGUUUGGAACUGUCAGAUUUAUCAUCCGCAGGCUUACAGUGGAUAUUGAGGAGGAACCCAUACAAGGCUGGCUUGAUGAACAUUACCAGUUGAUGAAGAAUGAAGUUUGCGACACAAUUGUGAGGUCAAAGCUUCUUGAUGAGCAUGUAUCUGAAAGCAAUCAGAUUUCAGAAAAUGCUGAACCAAGUGUGCACAAUUCUGAAAAGAAUGUUCAUUGUAAUGGAAUUGAGAUUGAUGCAUCUGAUAUAUCAUCUGUUCAAAAUUUUCAACAAGAAAUCUAUAAGCGGGCAUUUCGGUCUUAUUAUCUGGCAUGCCAAAAAAUGGUGAUCACAGAAGGGUCAGGGGCAUGCAUAACAGGUUUCCAGUCUGGAUUUAAAUCAAGUAUGAAUAGAUCUUCACUUCUAUCACUUUGUGCUACAGAAUUAGAUGUCACUCUUAAAAGGAUUGAUGGAGGUGAUGCUGGAAUGGUUGAUUUCAUUAGAAAGUCUGACCCUGUCUGCUCAGACAAUGAAAUACCAUUCUCCCGGAUGUAUGGUAGUGAUAUCGUUUUAAAUGCAGGAUCAUUGGUUGCACAGAUACGAAACUAUACAUUUCCACUCUUUUCUGGAACCGCUGGUAAAUGUCAAGGACGUGUUGUACUUGCUCAACAGGCUACUUGUUUCCAGCCCCAAAUGCAGCAAGAUGUUUUUGUUGGAAGGUGGUGGAGAGUGUGCAUGUUACGCUCAGCUAGUGGUACAACUCCAGCAAUGAAAACUUACUAUGAUUUGCCAUUGUAUUUUCAUAAAGGGGAAGUUUCAUUUGGAGUGGGAUAUGAACCAGUUUUGGCAGAUAUAAGCUAUGCAUUUACAGUAGCUCUCCGUAGGGCUAACCUGGGCACUAGGAAUGAUCCAAGUUCACUAAAUGCAGCUCAGCCACCUAAAAAGGAACGCAGCUUACCAUGGUGGGAUGAUAUGAGGUACUACAUUCAUGGGAAAGCUAGUUUAUGUUUUAUGGAGACUAAAUGGUAUCUGCUUGGGACAACCAACCCGUAUGAGCAGCUGGAUAGAGCAGAAAUAAUUUCUGGUUACAUGGAGAUUCAGCAAAGGGAUGGUCAUGUAUGUCUUUCUACAAAGGAAUUUAAGAUUUAUGUUACUAGUAUAGAGAGUCUGACAAAGAAUUGCAGUUUAAAACCUCCAUGUCAUGUCCCUGAACCUUUUCUCUGUUGUCCUGCUUUUUCUAUUGAAGUUUUCAUGGAGUGGGGAUGUGAGUCCGGGAAUCCCCUUAACCAUUAUCUGCAUGCAUUUCCUGUAGAAGGGAAACCACGUGAGAAAGUUUAUGAUCCAUUCCGCUCAACCUCUCUAUCACUUAAGUGGAACUUUUUGCUCAAGUCCUCUCUGCUUCCAGCUGACCAGCUAUCUUCAUCUUCUAGCAUGGAAGACGGUAAAACACUAGAUAGUUCUGUGUUGGUCUCUUCUCUAAAGCUGGAUGGUACUUCACCUGAUGCCCCAACCAUAAACCUGGGUGCCCAUGACCUUUUUUGGUUAAUUAAUUGGUGGAAUCUAUAUUAUUUACCUCCUCAAAAAUUAAGAUCUUUUUCUCGGUGGCCACGUUUUGGUGUUCCAAGGGUUGCCAGAUCUGGUAACUUGUCAUUAGACAAAGUCAUGACCGAGUUUUUUCUCCGCAUUGAUGCUUCACCUGCGUGCAUUAAUUUUAUGCCUUUACGGCAUGAUGAUCCUGCUAAGGGUGUGGCUGUUAGAAUGACAAAGAUGAAGCUGGAACUUUUUUUUGGUCGUGGUAAGCAGAGGUAUACUUUUGAUUGCAAGCGGGAACCUCUUGAUCUUGUUUACCAGGGUCUUGACCUGCAUCUGCUGAAGGCAUACUUAAACCGAAAUGAAGGAAUACCUGGAGGUCAAGAUUUUCGAACUACUAAUAAAUCUUCACAAACUGUGAAAGCAGAUGAGUUUGGCAGCAAAAAAUGGAAUUGUGUGACAGGUUGUGCAGGAAAAACACGAGAUGAUGGCUUUGUUUUAUAUUCUGACUAUUUCACUAUACGAAGACAAGCUCCAAAGGCUGAUGCCAUAAGGUUAUCAGAAUGGCAAGAAGCUGGCAGGAAGAAUACUGAGAUGACCCAUGUAAAGUCUGAGUUUGAUAAUGGUAGUGAAAGUGACCAUAUGAGUGAUGAUGAUGGAUUUAAUGUGGUAAUUGCUGAUAAUUGCCAGCGUGUAUUUGUUUAUGGCCUUAAGAUCUUGUGGAAUUUAGAAAAUAGAGAUGCAGUUUUGUCCUUGGCAGGUGGUUUAUCAAAAGCAUUUGAGCCUCCAAAACCUUCUCCAUCUCGGCAAUAUGCUCAAAGAAAGUUGCUUGAGGGACAACAAAUAAUUGAUGGGACUCAAAUGCCUCUUGGUGAUACCUCAAAAUCUUGUCCUUCUACAUCCAAUUGUGCAAGUUCCCAUUCACCCCCGGUUGUCAAUAAUUCAUCCCAUUCUCCAAAAAUGGAUAAUUCAUCCUCAAUUCAAGUUGCAAGCCAUGGAUCUGCUGAUGACUCAGAAGAGGAAGGGACACGCCAUUUCAUGGUUAAUGUUAUUCAACCUCAAUUCAAUCUGCACUCGGAAGAAGCUAAUGGUAGGUUUCUACUUGCUGCUGCUAGCGGUCGUGUCUUGGCUCGUUCAUUUCAUUCUGUUCUUAAUGUUGGUUAUGAGAUGAUUGAACAAGCCCUAUGUACUAGCAAUGUGUCCAUUCCUGUGGCUGAACCUGAAAUGCUGUGGCAUCGUGUGGAGCUCUCUGUGAUGCUAGAGAAUGUUCAAGCUCAUGUAGCACCAACUGAUGUUGACCCAGGUGCUGGAGUUCAGUGGUUACCCAAAAUUCUUAGGAGCUCACCAAAAGUAAAGCGAACUGGUGCUUUACUUGAGAGGGUAUUUAUGCCUUGUGAAAUGUAUUUCCGCUAUACAAGACACAAAGGUGGGACUCCAGAGUUGAAGGUUAAACCACUAAAAGAGCUGACUUUCAACUCUCCUAAUAUUACUGCAACAAUGACAUCACGCCAAUUUCAGGUCAUGCUGGAUGUGUUAACCAAUCUUCUCUUUGCAAGGGUUCCCAGAUAUCGCAAAAAUAGUCUCUCAUAUCCAUUUGAUGAUGAAGAUAUUGAAGAGGAGGCUGAUGAGAUAGUUCCCGAUGGUGUUGAAGAUGUAGAACUUGCAAAGAUCAACCUUGAACAGAGAGAAAGGGAACGGAAAUUGCUCCUUGAUGACAUGAGGAACUUAUUAGUUAACACUGAUAUAUCUGAUGAUUUAGCUCAAUUGCCAGAAAAUGAUGGUGAUUUGUGGAUGAUAACUGGUGCAAAAUCAAUGCUGGUGCAAGGACUGAAGAAAGAGCUAGAAAAAAUAAAAAAGUUGAGAAAGGAAGCAUAUUCUGCAUUGAGGGUGGCUAUGCAGGAUGCUGCACAGUUGCGAUUGUUGGAGAAAGAAAAGAACAAAAGCCCCUCUUAUGCUAUGAGAAUUUCUGUGAGAAUCAACCAGGCCAUAUGGAGUAUGCUUCAAGAUGGAAAAUCAAUUGCUGAAGUUGAGAUAAAUGACAUGAUCUAUGACUUCGAUCGUGAUUACAAGGAUAUUGGUGUUGCUCAGUUCACAAUUAAAUCAUUUGUCCUAAGAAACUGCAUGCCAAAUGUCAAAUCUGAUGUGCUGUUAUCAGCAUGGAAUGCACCUCCAGAAUGGGGCAAAAGUGUUAUGCUUCGCGUAAAUGCCAAGCAAGGAAGUCCAAAGGAUGGAAAUUCAACUCUUGAACGGUUCCAGGUCGAGAUUUAUCCAUUGAAGAUAUAUUUGACUGAAACAAUGUAUAGAAUGAUGUGGUCAUACUUUUUCCCAGAAGAAGAGCAAGAUUCACAAAAACGGCAGGAAGUUUGGAAAGUUUCAACUACAGCUGGCUCAAGACGGGUAAAAAAAGGUACAUCUGGUCCUGAAGUAACUGCAUCAGGCAGCAAUGUCACAAAAGAUUGUGAGUCUCCUGGAAGAUCCUGUGCUAUUACAGCAGCUUCACUUGCAGAUUCUUCCCAAGCCUUAAAGCCACAAAAUCAAAAGGUUGGUUCCAAGCCAGGGCUUCGGCGCACAUCCUCAUUUGACAGAACAUGGGAAGAAACUGUGGCAGAGUCUGUAGCUAAUGAACUUGUUCUGCAAGUUCAUUCUUCAAGCAUUUCUUCCUCAAAAAGUGGUUCACUGAAUGCCACACCGGAAUAUUUAGGUUGUGAGGAGACAUCCAAAAAUAAACCAAAAGAUUCCAAGGCAGUCAAAUCCUCACGCUCAUCUCAGGAAGAGAAGAAGGCUGGCAAAACUCUUGAUGAGAAAAGAGAUAGGCCACGAAAGAUGAUUGAAUUUCAUAAUAUCAAAAUAAGCCAGGUUGAAUUGCUUCUUACUUACGAGGGGUCAAGGUUUGCUGUCAGUGACUUAAGGCUGCUUAUGGAUACGUUUCAUCGUGAUGAUUUUACUGGCACCUGGACGAGACUGUUUUCACGUGUUAAAAAGCAUAUCAUAUGGGGAGUUUUAAAGUCAGUAACAGGCAUGCAGGGUAAAAAGUUUAAAGAUAAAUCCCAGAACCAAAGGGAGACCCAUGGAGGUGUUAUUCCCGAAGGUGAUCUUGAUCUCAGUGACAGCGAUGGAGGUCAACCUGGAAAGCCUGAUCAGUUGCCUACUUCAUGGAUCAAGCGGCCAAGUGAUGGAGCUGGUGAUGGAUUUGUGACAUCCAUCAGGGGAUUGUUCAAUUCUCAGCGCCGCAAGGCUAAAGCAUUUGUUUUGAGAACUAUGCGAGGUGAAGCAGACAAUGAGUUCCAAGGCGACUGGAGUGAAAAUGAUGCUGAGUUCUCUCCCUUUGCUAGACAAUUGACUAUCACAAAAGCCAAGAAGCUUAUUCGGCGGCACACAAAGAAAUUCCGUUCUAGAGCUCAAAACACUUCAGAGUCGACACUGCAUCAAGAAGAAUCACAUCCUUCAUCUCCAAAGGAGACAACUCUAUUUGCAAGUGACUCCUCUGGUGGAUCAUCCUAUGAGGACCAAAAUGAGUAGGGAAUUCUAAAUUAAUUGCAGACUGGUUUUCUCAAUGCUAAACAACCUUGUUCCAUGAGUAAGAAGUCACUCUGAAUUCAUUAGUUUCUUACUAUCCAGUACAACAAAAAUUUGUAGGCGACUGUUGUAAACUGGUGGCAACCGGUGGAGUUAGAAGUUUUUGCAAAGAAAUUGUUAAUAAUCAUGCAGGCUUGUGCAAUGUUAUAGAAGAGACGAGCAAGCAAUGACAGCAAAUAAAGAUGCUGCUUCAAUGGGAAUGAUUGCAA